AUGUUUAUCAGAAUUAAUAGAACAAAUCAUUCCUUAAAACCCAUAACAAGAUUAAAACCAAUAAUAUUUGUUAGAAAUUCAAUUCCGACCAUUCCAAAGCAUCACUACUCUUUUGUACCUACUUUUCUCAAGACAAAGAAAAAUUCAGAAAAAAUUAUAAUUAAUCAACAACAUUCACAUUUUUACAACAACAAUAAAAGCAAUAAUAAUGAUAAUGCAACUAUACCUACCACAAUAUCGACAACAUCUAAUAACCAAUACCACCCCUUCAAGCAUUGCAGAAUAUCAACAUCUACAAUACCAUCAUCACCACCAGUAAAUGAUGACGAUAAUAAGAUAUCAACAACAAACAAUCCUAUUUCAACAGAAACACAACCGGCUACUACAAAUGCAGCUGAUAACAACAACGAUGAUAGUAGCAGCAGUAGUAGUAACAGCAUCAAUAGUAAUUGGAUUUGGGGUAUUGGAGUAGUUAUGGCGUUUACAUUGGCAUAUAUGGUUUAUGCGACUAGGAAAUGGUAUUGGGAUGAUGUGAAGAAAAUAGUAUCUGAAGUAUUCUCUAGGAGAACAUAUGCAUCGGUGUUACGACAGCCAUCUGAUCGAACAUCUAAUGAUGAGGAUGGUGACCUUAUUCCAUUGACAAGAGGCAAUAAACAAUUCACGACAUCAAGAGAAUUAAAAUGA